AUGAUGUGCCAACCAGACGGCCUCGGCGUCGCAGCGUCUUCGCUUGGGAAAAAGUUCCAAGUGUUGCCAGUGAAAUCCAACAGCUGCCGCACCUCAGAGAUUCCAUCGAUCAAGGCAUCCAGGGAUUGUUGGACUCUGCCGUUGGAGGAGAACUGGAAGAGCAUCGGGCCACCUCGUGUGUCUGGCCCGCGGGCACAUUUGCCUUUGGUGCCUGCUGGUUUGCUCUUCUACGACAACCACCAGGCGUGGCAUUUGCAUCGCACUGGAGCUGUUCGACUCAGUGCAAAGAGGCUGAGAACAGUCUUCACUGUGCUCCACGAGCACCAUUCCAGGGAUUGGCAUUUCCUGCGUCUCAUUGCAGCAGAAAUGGCCUCGACUGGAUGGUUGUGCGGCACUUGCCGCAAAAUGCGGAGCCCCAAUGCGUGGUAUUGCGACCUCUGUGGUGGCAAUUGGGAAGAGUGCGCAAUCGAACCUGGAGGAGGACACACUUCUUCAUGGAAGACGCGCCCCAAGAGCCCCAGGCAAAGAACGAGACAGAAGUCGCGAAGGAAGAAGUCACAAUGGGAGCAAGAACAUGUGCAGCCGGACUCUCAUGCCCAGUGGUCUCAAGGAGGCGGCCCAUGGUCGACAGCAUAUGUCCAGGACCAGAAGGGCAGUGGCAAAGGACUGCAGAACGUGCAGAUGGCAGCGCCGCCGCCACCACCACCGCCUAUGCUCAUGAGUCCACCACCUAUGCAUGGUGUCCCAUGGAUGCAGGCACCUAUGCCAAUGAUGCAGCACAUGCCUUUCAUGCCUCCACAGAUGGACUUCACUGCAGCUCAACCGCCGCAACAGAUGGCGCCAGAAGCAGCAGAGGCAGACGAGCAGAGGAUGGAGUCCAGUGCACAAAAGAAGCUGAACAAGAUCAUGAAGGCUUCCAAAAAAGAAGAGAAUUUGUCGCCGGAGUUUCAGUCUCUCGUGCAGACAGAGAAGAAAAAGGACGACAAGGAGAGCACCAACAAUCUCCUUACAGCCGUCCGAGCCCAUGGGAAAGCCAAGGAGGCCCUAAUGGAAGUGGAAAGCAGCCGUAUGCAAUUAUGGUCGCAAUGGCGAACCUUCUUGCACCAGUCUGUCAACAAGUGGAAAGAAUAUACCUCGCAAUUUCAGGCAUCGGAGACAGCAUUCCAGACGCGCAUGCAGGAGGCCACCACCACUCUCCGCAAGGCACAGAGGAGAGUGGACAUUGCCAAGAAAAGGGCAGAUGCCACUGGUGGAGACGACGAAGUGCAAUAUGUCACCGACGACGAGAUGGAGGAGUCCGAGACCCUCGAGGAUCCAGACAUCCCCAAGGACGAGAAUGCGCAGAAGAUUCAGGAAGGCUUGGACCAGGUAGUAUCCAGCUUGAUGGUUCUAUCCGAGUCAGCCGACAAAUUGGAGCCAAAAUCAAAGAGACCGCGCACCAAGGAGGAAGAAAAUACUGGCCGGUGCACGAUGACCAACAGGUACGUGCAUCAGUGGCCACAGAUGAGCUUCGAUGCACAAGCAGUUUGCUUGCAUUGGAGUCAUAGUGUGCUGUCCGAGCCAACCUUUUUGAAUCCCUGGAAUGCCAUAGAGAAAGCAACAGAAUUGGCCUAUGAGUUGGGUGAGCCAGAUGCCAUUGUUGUUUCUACCUUUGCACUGCCGAGGAGAGAAAAACCAGUACGACCUUUGAGAAGAAUCAGUUUCAACGAGAAUGUCCAAGUCUUUCAGGGGAAAGGCCAGAUUUCAGAGUUCCAAGCUGAAUGGACGUACCUCGUUGACAGCGAUUCCUCAUUGGCCGCCAUCACAGUUCCCGUAGAUCCGCCAGGACACCAUCAUCAUGGACAUGCGCAAGGGAGUUCCACACCUAGUGCAUCUUCAAGAUCAGAUCUUCCGCAUAUCCUGGACAGGAGACUACCGCAUGAUCUACCUGGCUAUGUGCAUCAUUUGCAACAAUUUUGGCGAGAUGAGUAUAUCAGACUGCAGGUUGAUGAGCCCUACCAUGUCCGAACUUGGUAUCUCCAUCAUGUACAUGACCGCAUUUGCAAGAUCCCGCGCAUUGUGCGACUUGCUCAAGAUGCUCGCCUCUGGCAUGAUGCACUCCUCCGGGCGUGGAGAGAUUUGCUCCACAACGACGAGGUCCUCAACAUUGCAGUUGCAUUCCCGCGUAUUCGCACGGGGCCCAAUGAGAUCACCCAUGCUGACCUUCUCCUCACACAAGGCGACCAUCAAGAAUGUGGAGGCAUUGUCACUGUCUAUCCGCCUGGACAAGAUGAUCAGUUACACUACGUGUGCGCAGCAUCCUUGCCGAGGCAUGUUAGCGGUGUCAACAUCCUAGCUGGAGUAGAAGCAGAUGAUCUCCUGAGAAGUCAUGCAUGUGAUUUAUUUCAUGGUGGCACGCCCAUCCCAGUCACCACGAUGCCGACGCACCACAUGGCGAAUGGCCACUCUUUUGUUGCUGUCUUUCAGGAUCUCACAGAGGGUCGUCAUGGUCGAGGCCUACACCAAGAAGAUUCACGUGCAGCCUCUACUGCCACAACAGACCAUGACCAAUCUGGUGAAAUACCCAAUGACGUUCAGGAGGAAAUGAGUGCGGCUGCAGAAGAUGCAGAGGAAAGUCCAGCAGUCCAGAGCUCUAGCUUUGAUGAAGAAGAACUGCAAGGCCUACAGAUCUUUGGACUCAACAGGUCUCCACAUCACUGCUUUGUGCGAUGGCGCACCUACAAUGUCAUUCUUUUUGACAUCCUCCAAAAUAUCGGACUUCAUCGAGAUCUUGCAGUCGGCUACCAUUACAUGCAAUCGCAGCUCAUUGAUCAACAUGAAGCGGAAGAAGCAGUCAUACUACAACGAGUUGGCGAUAUCCCUGGAGGUUCGUCUGACAGCCUUGUCCUUGUUGACAUCACCUACAAGUUCAGACAUGGUGCUCAGCGAACAUAUCACCGUCAGGUCAGAGUACUGCCCAAGACUCUCCAGAGAGAUGAAGUCUUUGUUCAUCUGAAUGGUCCCACACGGCACAAACCUACUGGAAAGGAUCCCAACCCAAGAGCGUGGAUGCCACCAGUCAAAAUGAAGUUCAGAGAAUGUGCGGUGACAGAAUAUCAGGAUGAGGGUCCUGUCUUCUACUGGACUACGUGGCAUCAGAACACCGUCAUGUUGGGCAUCUACUAUUGGUCCAGGGACAAGGAAGCAUUUGCGUGGGAAGAUGAAGACCGCUCAUGUGCCAUUCAAACUUGGUUUGUAGACCAUACCUGGCAGCGGCCGCACUCCCGAGUCUCCAGACGACUGCAAUUGUUCUCUGACUUUCAUCAGUGGGAAGAGCAGAUCCGUGCGCUGUGGCGUGAUGUACAUGAUCCUCAAGCUCCUUUGGAGACCUAUGUCGUCGCGCCCAUGCCACCUGCCCCCCACAAUGACAUCGCGGCUCAUGUGAUCCUCAUCCAGAAUCCCAACGAGGCAUGGAUCACGAACCUUGCGACAGUCAUUGACACCACGAGACAAGUUUACAUAGCUCAGCAACUGGCUAUUACCACUCACGAGCACUUGAGGGCGGAGAAUGUUCUCAUUGCUGCAGAACUUGAUGCAAUUUGUCUUGGUAUGCAGGCAUUCGUCGCGACCAAAGAGACGUCACUGGUCACUUUGAGCCUAGAACAAUUGAUUCCAGACAAUGUACGUCGGAGGCUGGAGUACAAAAUGAGCUCCAACAUUGGGGAUGCAACUGCAAAGUAUACCGAUUUGGCCUGCGAAGUGAAUACCUAUGCUUUGACCCUCUACAUGCUGUCAAUGAGGCGCAAAUUCACUAUAUGCUUUGUCAUGAUGAUCUCACAGACGUUGACGGAGCCAUUUUACAUUCCAGUGAAACAGCACUGA